AUUAGUGCUGUGAAGAUCUGCCUCAGGCCCUGACCGCGCUCUGCCAGCAUCGGAGAGGAGGUGAAGCAGCAGCAGCAGCAUUGUAAGGAGAGGCAAAAUGAUGUUCCCUUGAAGUGAUGAUAUGAUCCCCAGAGAGCCCUGAUCUCAACAUCAUCGAGUCUGUCUGGGAUUACAUGAAGAGACAGACGGAUUUGAGCAAGCCACAAAAAUUCUGCAAUUAUGUAUACCUCCUCUUGAUGUACCAUGGAAUUAAUGAGAUAAUAUUCAUUGUUUGCCAGCAGCAGAGCAUGAUUAGAUGGCACAGUCCGCUGCUGACAAGCAAUUUCUGUGUCUGCACGGAUGAUUGUUUCGCACGUUCAUCAGGUAUCUCCAGUCACUGACCGUCUGCAGCAAUGACCACAUCACAGAGGAGUCUGGCCAAGGGCAGCGCUGCCCCAGGACCGGUACCAGAAGGACUAAUUCGACUGUACAGCAUGAGAUUCUGCCCCUUUGCCCAAAGAUCAAGACUUGUCUUGGCCGCCAAGGGAAUCAACCAUGAAGUCGUCAAUAUUAACCUAAAGAACAAGCCGGACUGGUUUUUUGAGAAAAGUCCUUCUGGAAUGGUGCCAUCUAUUGAAACCUCGGAUGGUAAAAUAAUCUAUGAAUCUCCAAUUGUUUGCGACUACCUGGAUGAAGCCUUUCCUGGGGUUAAGCUGACCCCCGCAGACCCCUAUGAAAAAGCUCAACAGAAGAUUCUUCUGGAACAGUUCUCAGCGGUUACCUCUGCACUAUACAAGAUCUUCUUUGCCAGAAAGGACAAUCAAGAUACAACAGAAUUAAAGGCGCAGUUUUUUGAGAAAUAUGAAAAACUUGAAGAGACUCUAGCCAAGAGGAAAAGCCCUUACUUUGGUGGAGAAUCCGUGUCUAUGAUUGAUUACAUGAUCUGGCCCUGGUUUGAACGGUUUUGCAUUUUUGAUGUAGAAGAGGUUUUGGAGAAGACGCCAAACAUCAAUAACUGGUACAAGCUUAUGCUGCAGGACCCUGCUGUUCAAAAGACCUUCACAGAGCCGGAUGUUCUCCUCAACUUUUUCAAACUAUAUUCUAAGGACAGUUUAGAUGCCGUUGAUUACGGGCUUGACUAAUGUCCCAGAUAACUGUGGACUGACCAUAUUGUGUUUUUUAAUAAUUUGCAUUUUAUGUGUUUAUUACCUCAAGGCACUUCAGGCUGUGAAUAAAUAGAUUGU